UACUUGCUUGCCGCUAUAAAGCGCGCACCGAUCCACGAUGCCGUCUCGCCCAGCCCCGUUCAUCUCUCGCCUCCGGCUCCUCCGAACCGCCGCCCCCCUCUCCCCGCCGCCGCCCUCCGCGCCGCCGCGGUACAGCCACCGCGUCCUCGCUAGCCCUUCCGACGUGCUUCGUCCGCCGAGCGUCUCCGCCGCCGUCUCGCCGCUGGUCCGCCCGGUCGCCGCCGGAUUCGCGCUGUUCAGCAUGGCCGCCUCCUCCUCCGCCGCAUCCGUCCACGACUUCACCGUCAAGGAUGCAAGUGGCAAAGAUGUGGACUUGAGCACCUACAAGGGGAAAGUUCUCCUCAUCGUCAAUGUUGCAUCUCAGUGUGGCUUGACCAAUUCCAACUACACGGAGCUGAGCCAGUUGUAUGAGAAGUACAAGGACCAGGGUUUUGAGAUCCUUGCUUUCCCAUGCAACCAGUUUGGUGGACAGGAGCCUGGCAGCAAUGAGGAGAUUGUCCAAUUUGCUUGCACCCGCUUCAAGGCCGAGUAUCCAAUUUUUGACAAGGUUGAUGUUAAUGGUGACAACACUGCACCCAUCUACAAGUUUCUGAAGUCCAGCAAAGGUGGUCUUUUUGGUGACAAUAUCAAAUGGAACUUCUCCAAAUUCCUGGUCGACAAAGAGGGGCGUGUUGUGGAGCGCUAUGCACCAACUACUUCUCCGCUCAGCAUCGAGAAGGAUAUCAAGAAGCUGGUUGGAAGUUCUUAAAAACCUACCACCGGACCCAACAGAUACACUGCUGCAUGCAUUGAGCACUUGGAACUUCCAAUAAUGUUGUAAUAAAACCGUGCUUGGAAUUGCUCUGUAGUCCUACCAUGUAAUGUAUAAAGUGUAAUGAAGUUGGCUUAUUGUAUCACUUCUCUUGCAAAUAUAUCUCCCGUAUCUUUGUUCGUUAUUGAGAUCUGCGACUGCGAUCAGCAAGUUCCAUCU